AUGGAUAAUAAGAAAAUUAAGUUAGACCUGCUGAUGUUUAAGAUUUGUACACACUCUGGCUCCUUUCAUGCUGAUGAAUCAUUAGCUGUCUACCUUGUUAAGCUCUUGCCAAAGUUCAAGGACAGCCAACUUAUAAGAUCUAGGAAAUCGGAAGACUGGGAGGCCAGUGACAUUGUUAUUGACGUAGGGGCCAAGUACGAUGGUAAGAAGUUUUUUGAUCAUCACCAAAGGGAAUUCAGCGAGACGUUUUCCUCCGAUUUUAAGACUAAAUUGUCAUCUGCGGGGCUUAUUUACAAACAUUUUGGUAAAGAUAUAAUCGGCGAGGUUUUAAAAACCGAUAAUCAAAAAGAUAUAGAACUUCUUUACAUCAAAAUAUAUAAGGAAUUUAUUGAAGCAUUGGAUGCGAAUGAUAAUGGAAUCAACAACUAUCUGAUGGAAGCUGAAUCAAGUAAGAAAUUCAAUGACAGAAAUAUCACAUUACCUGCCAUGGUAUCUAAAUUGAAUCCGUUGUGGAACGAAGACCUGUCAGCAUCGGCUUAUGAUUCACAGUUUUUGAAAAGCAGCGAAUUGAUGGGAUCGGCUUUCAUGAAUGUCUUGUUAGGUUACGGAAAGGGUUGGCUUCCCGCGAAAUCAAUCGUGGAAGAAGCAUUUAAAGAUAGAUUUGAGAUCGAUAAAUCUGGUGAAAUUCUUGUAUUAAAACAAUUCUGCCCUUGGAAGGAACAUCUCUACGCAGUUGAAAAAAGUUAUAAUAAAGAAGGGAUAAUAAAAUUUGUUUUGUUUGCAGACUCGACCGGUAGCUGGAGAGUAUCUACAGUUUCAAUAAACUCUACAUCGUUUGAGUUUAGGCUUGGGCUCCCUGAAAAUAUCAGAGGGCUUCGAGAUGAUGAGCUUUCAAAGACGACAGGUAUAUCUGGCUGUAUCUUUGUACAUGCUGCAGGCUUCAUUGGAGGAGCAACUACGAAAGAAGGAGCUUUAAAGUUAGCUAAGAUGGCGCUAUCUUCUACUACCUAA